AUGUCAGCUAACUGUGCCCCUCGUCUCUCCCAACUCGUAUGCACAGCCACCCCUGACCUGGUCGAAGCGGAGAAGGCCAACCUGCAACAGCAAAUCACAGCUGCAUUGGCUAUCCUCGUGGCUGAAGCAAGGUGUUUCCCUGAGGAUGACAAAGGAAUGCAAGAGGAGAAGACAAUGUGGCUGCAACGCUGGGAGGAGAAGAUGGCUAUGCUUAUGCCGUUGGUUGAGCAUGGGAAGGAGCUUGGCAUCACGGUAAGGGUGGACGCAGCAGAAGUGCCUAUACUGGCCGAAGUGGACAAUGUCUACAAGCGGUGGACGGUGGAGGAGGCCGAAGUGCAUGCAAGGGCCGAGCAGGAUGUCCAGAUGGGGGAUGAGAACGCGCAGGAGACUGGAGGGCCAGGUGCAAGCGUCGCAGUGCCUGCAGCAACAGAGAAGAUGUUGCACAUAGAGGUGGUGUCCUGUCUGGUGCAGAAGGCAAAGAGCGAAGACAAGGACAAGCCCAAGAUCAUCGUUCCUCCUGGCUCGAUCCUCCACAAGGUCCCAUGUGCGUGGUGCAUGGUGAAGAAGACAGCCUGCAUCAGACCUGUUGGGCAGACGUGCGAUGGCUGUGUGCAAAUGAAGCAGGGGUGCAAGAAGUUGACAAAGGCCAUGGGAAAGAAGGCACAGGCAGGUGCAUCGGUCACAUGGGCCUUGAAGACUGCGAAGGCAAGCUCAUCCAAGAGAGUCAUAGACGAUGAUGACAAUGAUGACGAAGUCAAGGUGGUCGAAAGCCACACGCAUGCGAAGGGGAAAGCACCAGUGUGUAGCCGGCUCGAUGCCAAGGUGCAUGUCGAUCAACUUGCUGAAGCUCUGGAGAAGAUUGGGGUGGAAUAA